CUCUGUUUUUUAUUUUUGUUUUUGUUUUUCUGAGUUUCUUAGAGCAAACAAAGCUGCCGAACAACAAUGUCUCUCCUCAACGAUCUCAUUGAUCUCAAUCUAAGUGAAAACACAGAGAAAAUCAUCGCUGAAUACAUAUGGAUCGGUGGUUCCGGCAUGGAUAUGAGGAGCAAAGCAAGGACAUUGCCCGGACCGGAGUCGGAUCCUUCGAAACUCCCGAGAUGGAACUACGAUGGUUCCAGCACUGAACAGGCCACCGGAGACAACAGCGAAGUCAUUCUAUAUCCUCAAGCGGUAUACAGAGAUCCGUUUAGAAGAGGAAAGAGCAUCUUGGUGAUGUGCGAUGCAUAUACGCCGACCGGCGACCCGAUUCCGACCAACAAAAGAUUUAACGCUGCCAAGAUCUUUAGCCAACCUGAGGUUGUUGCGGAGGAGCCAUGGUUUGGCAUUGAGCAAGAGUACACUCUUUUACAGAAAGAUGUUAAAUGGCCUCUCGGAUGGCCAGUCGGAGGGUAUCCCGGACCACAGGGUCCGUAUUAUUGCGGAGUCGGUGCAGACAAAGCAUUUGGUCGAGACAUUGUAGACGCACAUUACAAAGCUUGCCUUUAUGCUGGCAUUGACAUCAGUGGCAUCAAUGCUGAAGUCAUGCCUGGUCAGUGGGAAUUCCAAAUUGGUCCAAUUUGUGGGAUUUCUACAGGGGAUCAAGUAUGGAUGGCUCGAUACAUACUCGAGCGAAUCACUGAAAUCGCAGGAGCUGUUCUUUCUUUCGAUCCCAAACCAGUUUCGGGUGAUUGGAAUAGUGCUGGCGCUCAUACCAAUUUCAGCACAAAGUCGAUGAGAAAUGAUGAUGGAAUCCAAGUGAUAAAGAAGGCGAUCGAGAAGUUGAGUAAACGUCACAAGGAGCACAUUGCAGCUUACGGUAAGGGCAACGAGAGACGCUUAACUGGUCUUCACGAGACUGCUGAUAUCAACACUUUCUCGUGGGGUGUUGCAAACAGGGGAGCCUCCGUCCGUGUCGGUCGAGAUACCGAAAAAGCCGGAAAAGGCUAUUUCGAAGAUCGCAGGCCAUCGUCAAACAUGGACCCUUACACCGUCACGUCGAUGAUAGCUGAAACCACCAUUCUAUGGGAGCCUUAAUGAGCUUGAGAAUGGAGGCUUGGGCUGAUGACAAAUGAGAAUCACACAUUGGUUUAAAACUAUGUAGAAAUUUGUUUUUUUUUUUAUUUGUAUUUCUUAUUGCCUUGGAUU